UCGCCCCCUUCCUUUAACCCAGGGUUCUAAAGGAUCAGAGCGCGGCUUCGUUCGAGGCGGUGUGGUAGUAGUUAUUCGUCGUCGAAAUGUCUGAGCAGCAGGAGUCUAAAGCGGCCGAAGAGAAGGCGCCGGAGAAGAGAAAACAGCAAGAAGCUUCCGCUGAGGAAAAUGAAGCUGCCGAUAAAACUCCGGAACAGCCUCCGAAAGAAAUGCGAGCCGUUGUGCUUACCGGUUUUGGGGGUCUUAAAUCUGUUAAAGUUUUGAAGAAGCCGGAACCAACACUGGGGGAAGGCGAAGUUCUUAUCAGGGUGAAGGCAUGUGGGCUCAACUUUCAGGACUUGAUGGUCCGUCAAGGUGCUAUUGAUUCCCCUCCGAAGACACCGUUCAUCUUGGGGUUUGAGUGUGCCGGUGAGGUGGACGAUAUCGGGGAAGGUGUCACGGACUUCAAGGUGGGGGACCGCGUGGUGGCGCUGCCGGAGUACCGCGCCUGGGCCGAGCUGCUGGCAGUGCCCUCGCGGUAUGUGUACCCCAUUCCUGCCGACCUGAGCUACCUGGACGCGGCGGCAAUUGCCAUGAACUACCUGGUCGCCUAUAUCCUGCUCUUCGAGCUGGGCGGCCUGGCGCCGGGCAAGAGCGUCCUCGUCCACUCUGCAGGCGGCGGCGUCGGUCAAGCAGUGGCCCAGCUAAGCAAGACUGUCUCUGACGUCACGGUGUUCGGCGUCGCCUCCAAGAGCAAGCACGAGGCUCUGAAGGCGUCCAUUGACCACUUGUUGGAGCGGGGUAGCGAUUACGCCAGUGAAGUACGCAAGCUUUCACCAGAAGGUGUUGACAUUUUCCUGGAUUGUUUGUGUGGAGAGGAAUGUAAUAGAGGCUAUUCACUGCUGAAGCCCAUGGGCAAAUACAUCCUGUAUGGAUCAUCAAAUGUUGUGACAGGCGAAACAAAGAGCUUUUUCAGUGUUGCCAGAUCAUGGUGGCAGGUAGACAAGGUAUCUCCCAUCAAGCUGUUUGAUGAGAACAAGACCCUCUCCGGUCUGAAUCUGCGUCACCUACUGUACCAGCAGAAUGGCGCUCCCUACGCCAAACGCAUUAUGGAGUCUGUGUUUGCUCUUUGGAAGGAUGGCAAGAUUAAGCCUGUUGUUGAUUCCACUUGGGCUUUGGAGGAUGUACCAGAGGCAAUGCAGAAAAUGCAUGAUCGUAAAAAUAUUGGCAAGAUCGUACUAGAUCCCGAAAUGGAGCCAAAACCAAAACCUGCUACACCAGCCAAGGGUAAGGCCAAGGGAGGUGAUAAAGAAGACAAGAAGAAGGAUGAGGAGAAGAAGGAAGAGGAAAAGAAAGAAGAGGAGAAUGCCGUUAAUGACACAGAGCAAGCCACAGCAGAAACCAAAGAAGAAAAGAAUAAUUCAAGUUGAAUUUAAUGAAGCCAAUGGAGCAAAGAAGACAUGAACCGCUUAAUGUUCAAAUCGACCACAUAUUGAAAUUUGUGCUGUGUUAUAUUUUUGUGUAAGAUAUUAGCAUAAUAUAAUUAUUUUGUCAAUAUACUUUACAAAUUGAAAGAUUGUAUGUACAUAUGUAUGUACGUACACCUGUGGUUAUAUGUGCGCGUGUGUGUUAAUGUGCGCAUGCGUGUUGCUAUUUCUUCGCUUCCCCCCAUCAACUGUACGUUUCAUGUGCACAAAACAUUUUGACAAAAUAAAAAAAAAAGGGAACAAAUACGCGGGUUUAUCAAACUUUUACCUUAAGGAUACUUGUGAUUUCUUAUACACAAUCAACACUUGGAUUUUCAUAAAAUCUACUUCAUUUUCCAGAGCCCUUUUGAAGGGUACUUUAGCUAGUUCACUGACUCUUUUACACAAGUGUAUGUACACCUCUUUAGCCAGUGAUAUUUUACAGUAGAACUUUUGGUAAAUUAACUAUUUUAUAUUCAAUUAUGUGUGAAACGAAUGCAAGUCUACCUCUAACAGGGUCAGAAGCCUAAUCAGUAAACAUGAGUAUUUCACGGGUACAUUUCAAUCACUGUAUGAAUCAUAAUCUGAUGCUUUGAAUGUGAUAUGUGGGUCAGUAUAUCAAAUCAGGCCUGGUUUUUUAAACUGCCAAAAAAUUAUGACCAUAUAUAUACAGUACUUUGUAACUUAUAUACAGUACAUAUUAUGCCAUACAAAAGUUAAUAAUGAAAUACUGCUUAUGAAAAUUACUAUUUAAUGUUCCACUUAUUACAUAUAUAGGACAUAGGGCUUAUUGAUGUAAGACUGAGUUGUUGCUUUAUUGCUUAUUGAUUUAAUGCCCUUUCAGCUUCAAUUUUUGUUCCCAAUAAUUGUGUCACGUAUAGAGAAAGAUCUGUAAUUUGUUUCAUAUAAACCUUCCCUUCCCUGAUUUAUUCUGUAAUAAAUGAAUAUCAGUUGAAGUGUGCGCUUAUAAACUGCAUGUUUGAGGUGAGAAGGCUCAAUAAAGUUGGCAAUUAAAUGUCACCAGGAUCUA